UCUGAGUUUGGAAAUAGAUCCCGUCCUGAGAGCUCUAGGUCACCAGGAGCACAAGGGGUAAUGUAUCUAUUCAUAACAGCAGCCUUCAUUCUCACCGUCUUAGGGAAUCUGGCCAUAAUAAUUUCCAUCUCAUAUUUCAAGCAGCUUCAUUCUCCAACCAAUUUCCUCAUCCUAUCCAUGGCCAUCACGGAUUUCCUUCUGGGCUUUCCCAUUAUGCCCUACAGCAUGGUGAGGUCUGUGGAGAACUGCUGGUAUUUUGGGAUGACAUUCUGCAAAGUUCAUUACAGUUUGGACCUGACAUUCUGCUUAGUUCCCAUUUUCCAUCUUUGUUCCAUUGCCGUGGACUGGUUUUAUGCAAUCUGCCACCCUCUGCAUUACGCCAGCACCAUGACUGUCGCAGCCAUAAAAGAAAUCGUAGCCGUGUGCUGGUCACUGCCCGCUACUUUUGUCUUUGGUGUGGUUUUCUCGGAAGCUUAUGCUUCUGGAAUGGAAGGCUACGAAAUGCUGGUUAAAUGCUCGAGCUUGUGCCCUAUUGUGUUCAACAAACUGUGGGGGGCUGUUUUAUUUACAGUUGGUUUAUUUGUUCCUGCUUGCAUUAUGAUAGGGAUUUAUGUUAAAAUUUUUACAGUCUCCCAAAGGCACACUGAUAAGAAAAAAGAGCUUUCUAAGAAUAAAGACAGGAAAGCUGCCAAGACUUUGUGUAUAGUUAUGCUGGGUUUCUUAAUAUGCUGGUUUUGUGGGUUUUUUGCAGUCUUAAUUGAUCCAUUGGUAAAUUUCUCUACUCCUUUACCUUUGUUUGAUGCUCUAAACUGGCUUGGGUAUUUAAAUUCUUUCUGCAAUCCAUUAAUAUACGGCUUUUUCUAUCCGUGGUUUCGGAAAACAUUUAAAUAUAUCUUAAAAGGCAAAAUAUUUAACUCACAUUUUCAUAUAAUAAAACUUUUAUCUGAAGAUCAGCCACAGUAA